UGUUUUAACUUGGUAUGGCAGAAACUCUAGCUGGUACACUACAAUAUCCAUCCACUUUUGCUGAAGUACAAAAAGACCCUCCGACGUCUGCCAUGAGUAGCCCAAAGUUUUUCAAGCGCCAGGCCCGCAAACGCAGGGGCCGAAAGCGCCGGAUGGACUGCAACCCGGUAUGGGAGCACACAGUGAAGCUCAGCGAGGGGUCCGACACCAGCCUUGAUGAGGCCCAGAAGGAUUACAUGGAGAACGUGGCCUGCCAGACCGAUUCGGCCUCGGAAGACACACUCAUGAUGCGAAGGCUCUCCUCUCUCAACGUGACAUCCUCCAGUAACCUCUACGGAGAGUCCGACUCGGUCACGGAGAGCCACGUUCUGCCCAAACAGACCCUCCGUCGGAAGAAACGCUUCAAGAGGAUGGUUGUGGACCCCAUGAUUGCGUCCGGCGGCGGCUGCCCGCCGUCCAAAAUCAAGUUUUCCUGCGGCGCCGAUUUCCUGCCAGAGACUGGCCGCAAGAAGCACAAGCUCAAGAGGUCCAAGAACAACUACCCAUCAGACAACUCAGAGAAUGCUCCCCACAUCGAUGGGGGGAAAUUCGGGUUUGAUAUCCUCGGAGUCAAACUUAAAAAACGAGCAGGCGCUGGUUGUCAUAAAAGUCAGCCGGGGAGACAAUGGAAGUCUGAUUCUGGCCCACAGAGCCCAAGCCAAAUUGAUCUUGCCACCAACUCAGACAGCAGUGUAGCACACAGGAGGGUGUCCUCCGAAAGCCCCGUAUCUCUCCCGGACACCUCAUCCUGGACGGGACGGAAACUAUCGGGGAGUGAUGGGGCCAGCGAGAAGACCAUCGGACGAGAAAUGGAAUGCACGAGCAAUGAGAGCGACGUUACAAUGGAUGCGACAACGUCCAAAGAUAGCAGCUGUGACUCCGAUGACAGUGUAACCAGCAGCGAUGACGAGGGUGCGUUAUACACCAACGAUGAGGGUCGUGAGGGUAAGUGUGAUGACGAACAGAGCGACUUCUUCCAGGAGCCUGAGGCCUUUGGCAGCAUCCCAGGCAUCAUUCCCUGGUGGGAGAAAAAGUCCUCAUCGCGUACCAAGGAGGAUGACAGGUUCAGCAGCAUCUUGAACGGAACGUUCCCUCUGCUGUCCAGAACCUCUCAGAGAAAUUAUCAGUCACGGCUAAGGAGUCUUCAGAAUGGGGACGAUGGCCAGCUCAGGGGUUGCAGACCAAGAAUCCACAAAACCAAGAGGCUGAAGAGAACCUCCUUGUCAACUGUUAACGAGAAGAUAGUGGGCUUCCUCAGAAACCCUCAUGAAAAAGAAUUGCUCUUUCAACCGAUGAAGAAAAAGGAACGGACGCAACUCGGAGAGCUUGCGUCACUGUACUCCCUGGACAUGAGAACAGAAGGUGCCCAGUGUAAGAGAUCACCGAUCCUCAUUAAAACCAGAAAUUCUACCAUGGCAGACCCCAACAUAGAGGAGGCCCUAGGUUUGGUGUCUCUGUCCUCAGACGGAGUCAACCCAACGAGGAAGUCCCUCUGCCCUCAGUUUGUUGAUGCGAAGAGGAGACGAAAAACUCCACCCCCAACCAUCGUGGAAGGUCAAGUUGGCAGAGCCGCCAUCCCUAUUCCAGAUAGCAACCUAGGCUGUCAGAUGCUUCAGGGUAUGGGCUGGGUCCCCGGCACGGGGCUCGGUGCAGACGGGGGUGGCAUCCAGGAGCCCAUCAAGGCGUACGUCCGGCCCAAGAACAGAGGCCUGGGCUACUGGAAGCCCAGAUAGCUGACCAACUCGAUGGGUCUUGUCAGUCGAGACCAUCCAAUGCACCAAAGGAGUCCAGAUUCCUACAGUUUGGAAGCUGCCCCGAGCUCUGCAUGCGAGUUUGUAGAUAUGUGGUGAAGCCUAUCGAUGGCCUUCGUGCGCAAACAAGUGAGGGCGCUUUCGAGAAGCCAGUGGAAGGGACACACCACGUGCACAAACCCAAAGCGUCUUUGCGUGAGCAUCAGACGUCAUCAGCAAUGCGUUUGAGUGUCUCUCUUAGUGGUCUCCCCCAACUCACCCUUUCUUACCGUUGAGGGGGUACUGAGCACGGAGCCCAUAGCUAACAAUCCACUGUCUGGCAGUGAUGUCUCCAAUUAUGGUGCAGACCCCCAUGCAUGGAUGCAUGAGGGCGCCAGAUACUUCUGUCUGACAUCAAACACUGUGGAGAUUGCAUCAUUAUGUAGUUUGAAAUAUCGUGAUUGUGCACAUAGCUUUAACCGAUGCACUGUUCUUGAACGCAAAAAUAUUAUGCUACCAACAUUUGUGUGUUGAAACUCUUGCAUGAGGCUUCAGUUGCCUAAUUAGCCCUAACCCUGCCAGACGCAGCACAGUGCAUCUGGUGGAAAAGAACUGGUGCAAUUUGAUGCAUUCAGCUACCAACACCAGUGCAUGAAUGGCCAGCUCUGAAACAAUGAGAGCUAAGUCCCAUUAAACUAUGCCACAGUUGUAUUCUGCUGCAUGCGGUGACCACGGACUCCGAGGCAGUGUGGCCUUGAGAUUCUUCCCCUGAUGGAUCUUGCUUCAUUUGGCAGGCUUGUCACUGAGUCAAGUGUUGCAUGUUGCUACGUUUGGCAGGAAUUCUAGCAAACAUACCCUGGAGGGUUGGGGUUAGGAGUUUCUGUACAGUGUGCACACAAGAAUGACUGUUGCUCAUAAUCCAGUGGGUGCUUCACUUGUAGGACAAAUGCUCCGCCUUGAAUGUAAUUCAUUUCGCGGCUAAACGUUUUACGUUCAAAGUAACCGUUAGACAAAGCCUUAUCAGGAUCUUGCCGACCUUGCAAGGAAGUUGUCACUGAAUAGGCACAGACGGAAACUGAAGCCUGGGACAGCACUACUUGCUUGUAAAUGGCUCUGCUGCACAGAAGAGCUGGGCCGAAUGAUCCAAACCAUCACAGUGACUCUGUAAAUGCGCACACGUCGACGGCAUGCAAGAAAGAGAUUGAAGGAUUGAGUGCCAUUGCUGAUACGCGCCCACGCUAAGAUGUGUUCUCACACUAAGGCAGAGUGGGUCUCUGCACAUACAGAUAAGAAUGUGGCUGUGGGUACUCCUAGCCAUACACAUGCAGACAUGGACUCUCGUGCGAAGAACACACAACCUAAUCUACUGUAUCCCGGACAGAGUCAAAAGCAAGGCCAUGUGAACGUCAUCAACUCACCUGAGGUCAAGAACAGACAACAGUCACCUUUCAGGCAGUUGGCGGAUAAUCAACAGUAUAGCCUUGGCAAAUUGUAUCCUUUUUUUAGUUCCAUUAUUGUCCAUUGCACAAAUAUGUACCUGUGCUGCUUUUUAUGCCCGUAUUAAUUUUUUAACGGCAUUAUAUUUUUUGAGAUGUACAUAUUCGCAUAUUGGUUUGUAAAAUGGAUUUUAAAGCACUCGACGAUAAAUGUGUAACUAAGAAUGUAGUAUUGUGUAAUUAAGUAACUGUAUACCAUAGGCUGAAAACAGUAAUACUUGUGCAUGGCUAUGUGUGUCUAUUUGGUGGAUUGUCUACCCGCGUUGUUUCUGUCAAAAUGCAUCAACUGCUUGUAUUUGGUGUUUGUUGGAAAAGUAAAAACUGGGUAAAGACAUGGCAAGAUUUGGCUUUAGAUGAAUUUAGAAAUUUCAGAUUCAUGGCAAGAUUUGGCUUUAGACGAAUUUAGAAAUUUCAGAUUCAUGGCAAGAUUUGGCUUUAGAUGAAUUUAGAAAUGUCAGAUUCAUGGCAAGAAUUGGCUUUAGAUGAAUUUAGAAAUUUCAGAUUCAUGGCAAGAUUUGGCUUUAGAUGAAUUUAGAAAUUUCAGAUUCAUGGCAAGAUUUGGCUUCAGAUGAAUUUAGAAAUUUCAGAUUCAUGGCAAGAAUUGGCUUCAGAUGAAUUUAGAAAUUUCAGAUUCAUGGCAAGAUUUUGCUUUAGAUGAAUUUAGAAAUUUCAGAUUCAUGGCAAGAUUUGGCUUUAGAUGAAUUUAGAAAUUUCAGAUUCAUGGCAAGAUUUGGCUCUAGAUGAGUUUAGAAAUUUCAGAUUCAUGGCAAGAUUUGGCUCUAGAUGAAUUUAGAAAUUUCAGAUUCAUGGCAAGAUUUUGCUUUAGAUGAAUUUAGAAAUUUCAGAUUCAUGGCAAGAUUUGGCUUUAGAUGAAUUUAGAAAUUUCAGAUUCAUGGCAAGAUUUGGCUCUAGAUGAGUUUAGAAAUUUCAGAUUCAUGGCAAGAUUUGGCUCUAGAUGAAUUUAGAAAUUUCAGAUUCAUGGCAAGAUUUGGCUCUAGAUGAAUUUAGAAAUUUCAGAUUCAUGGCAAGAUUUGGCUCUAGAUGAAUUUAGAAAUUUCAGAUUCAUGGCAAGAUUUGGCUUUAGAUGAAUUUAGAAAUUUCAGAUUCAUGGCAAGAUUUGGCUUCAGAUGAAUUUAGAAAUUUCUGACUUGGGUGAAUAAUUAUAUGAAUGUUAAUCCAGAUCUCUAAUAAUCUGCCAAAAACCCCAAAUGCCCAUUUUGUUUGAUUUUGUUUGAUUCAGAACUAUAGAGCUGUGGCACCAUUUUAAACCAAAAAAAUUACCAAGAAGAUAUUUAAAAUUUCAAUUCAAUGGGGCAAUUCCAGAUUUAUGAAAGGAAGUGUGAUGUUGUGACAGAGUCAAUUAACCAUGAUAUCUAAUUAAUGACUCAGAGAAAUGAUCAAAAACUCAGACUCUGUAAUCAUCUCCAUUACUACAUGAUCCUGGAUGGAUAAGAUUUGAAUAAAACAUUUUCAGGUUUAUUUGCUCAGCUCUUGAAAGCUCCGUCAUGGACAUUACAGAGGGCUAGUUAAUUCCGGUAAGAACUCGCUGUAUACCGUCGGCCGGUACAUGGCAUAUUUAAAUAUUUUCAAUUAACCUUCCAAAAAUGUACACUAUUGUCAAUGUAUUUUUCCGACUGAAAAGUAAAUAUUUUCAAAUAAUGAAAUUUUCCAAAUUUUAUUUUUCCUAAAUAUUGCUCAAUGUAUUGAUAAUAUUUCUGGCAUGCAUGAAGUGUGGAAAGCAGUACAUUAUGAACAGCCCCCUCUAUUGACAUAAUUUUUCAACAAAAUUAUGACUGACA